GUCACCGCCAGAAGUCCAAAUAGGUUGAUCCUCGAUCAGUUCUUUCAUACACAGAAUGUCUUCUAAGAUUGGAUUCAUCGGCCUUGGCGCAAUGGGCGUCUGUAUGGCCGGCAACCUUAUUUCUCACCACGGAUCGUUGAAUAUUUACAAUCGCACGUCCUCUAAAGCGGAUGCCUUCAAAGCCUCGAACCAAAACGCAAAGGUCCACAACUCCGUUUCAUCCCUCGUUGCAGCGAGUGAUAUCAUCUUCAACUCCACCGCAAACGACGAAGCUGCUCUGAGUAUCUUCAGAGAGAUCACAUCCAAUGGAAGUGGAGAGGGAAGGGUCGUGGUUGAUAUGUCUACGCUAUAUCCGGAUACUACUGCGGAUUUGGAGCGUAUGGUGAAGGCAUGGGGUGGGAAGUUUUGCUGUGUACCGGUUAUGGGGGCUCCGCACGCCGCAAAGACAGCGGGGUUGAUUGCUAUCAUUUCUGGGGCUGACGCCGAGACGCGUGAGCAGUUGGACAAAGUUAUCGUUCCAGCUAUCGCGAAGGCUAGUGUCGAUGUUGGGGAUGCAGUGCGUACUGGUGCAACGCUCAAGCUGUUGGGUAAUUUCCUCGUCGUCGGGAUCAUCGAGCUCUUAGCUGAGGCCAUGACUUUGGCAACGAAAACCGGGGUCCCGAGGUCUACAUUUUACGAGAUGAUCAAACUUUUCCUCCCUGCGCCCUCGUUUAUUGGCUACAGCCGUACUACCUCUGAGAUGUCAUUCACGCCUACAACCGGCCUCAAUAUCCCACUUGGCCAGAAGGACGUUGGCCACAUCUCUCGAUUGGCGGACGAGCACGGCGUCGAGGCACCGAGUUUGCGUGCCGCAAAGAGGCAUCUGGAUAUUGCUCAGGAGGAGGCUGGAGAGAGAGCUGGUGAGGUAGACUGGAGUAGUUUGGUUGUUGGCGCCAGGAAGUUGGCUGGGCUUGGUGUGUGGGGGGAUGAGGAGAAGAAGUAGCAGGUCAAGGAGAAGUUACAAUGGGGAUACCAAGGAUAUCUCUUGACAUAUCAAACAGCAGAGCUAAGAUUAAAGCAAAGUACAUCAUC